AUUGAGCUGACAACAUUACUUUAUUACAUACUACAAGGCAACCAGAAAUAUUGUGUGGUAAGCACAGUGUGUACAAUGUCUACCUUAAAUUUCCCUGUGAUGACCCUCCGACAACCGCCGGAGUUCACCGGAAAUGUAAACAGGCAAAAACCCAUCACACUUCAUCCCCGCAGAAGACACUUGACACUCCCCUUGGCCUCAAAUUCACCACAGCCAGCUGAGCAAAAACCCAUCAUUGAGCUCCAGUUUAUAGGGCCAAAAGCGGGAGGAGAUGGAAAAUAUCCAGUAGAUGAAGUCACAGAAGUGAGUGGAGAGAAAGUUCUGAGGAAGAUUAUGGAGGAUAACAAACUUGAGCUUUAUGCUACUUAUGGAAAGCUGAUGAAUUGUGGUGGGGGUGGAAGUUGCGGAACAUGCAUCGUAGAGGUAAUUGAGGGGAAGGAUCUUUUGAGUGAAAGAACAAAUGCGGAACUGAAGUAUCUAAAGAAGAAACCAGAGUCGUGGAGAUUGGCUUGCCAAACUAUUGUUGGAAAUAAAGAAAAUUCGGGAAAGGUAGUGAUCCAGAGGUUGCCUCAGUGGAAGAAGUGAAAUGAAAUGUAGGUAUUCUCCGAGUUACCUAGUUUUGUUCAAGAAGGUUAUCGAUUUAUAUUGCAAAUUUAAUUGUAGAUAAAGAGAUGAUGUUUGUAUACACCAAGGAAAAUGGGGCCUCAGUCCUGUGAACGUUAGAGGGCAAGUUUGGGUUUAGAGUGCAUAAUACAACUUGUUGCUGCAAAUAUUAUGUGAACUAUUAUGAUGUCGAAUACAAUUUAAGUAUAUUAUGAUAUUGCAAGUUCA